GGAAAAUCUAUUCGAACCGGGAAUAUUUUUUCACAGCAGCUCUCAACACACUCUCUCUGCUUCAUCUUUGCCAUUGAACUCACUGACCCAGGAAGAUAUGAAUCAGAUAACAAAUGUUUAUGUAUGGGACAUGGAUGAAACCCUUAUACUUCUCAAGUCUUUGUUGAAUGGGACAUACGCCGAGGCCUUCAGCGGUGUAAAAGAUGCUCAGAAGGGUGUUGAAAUUGGAAAGAUGUGGGAGAAACAUAUUCUUCAAAUUUCUGAUGAUUUUUUCUUUUAUGAGCAAACUGAAAACUGCAAUAAGCCUUUUCUCGAGGCCUUGAGCAAAUAUGAUGAUGGGCAGGAUCUGUCCGAUUAUGAUUUUAAGCAAGAUGGUUUUGGCCCACCACAUGAUGAUCUCAACAAAAAGAAACUAGCAUACAGACACCGAGUUAUAGCCAAUAAGUAUAAACAGGGUUUACACAAUAUUUUUGACCAAGAGAUGAUGGAUCUCUGGGAUGCAUUGUACAAUAUGACUGAUGAAUACACAGAUAGGUGGCUUUCCUCAGCACGGGAAAUCUUGGAGCAGUGUAUAUCUGGAAAUGAGGAUGCUACCUUUUGUCUUCCUGCUUCUGGUGGAAUUGUCAACUCUAAUGAGACGGGAUCCAGACACAUAAAUGUUUUGGUGACUUCUGGGUCAUUGAUACCUAGCCUUGUUAAAUGUUUACUUUUUCGACUUGACAGUUUGAUAUCAUACGAAAAUGUUUACAGCUCAUGGGAUGUCGGGAAACUGCAAUGUUUCGAGUGGAUCAAGGAACGCUUUAACAAUCCAAAUGUCCGUUUUUGUGCAAUUGGAGAUGGAUGGGAAGAGUGUGAAGCUGCGCAAGCCAUGAAGUGGCCUUUUAUCAAGAUAGACCUGCGGCCCAGUAGUUCUCACAGGUUUCCAGGCCUCACACUUAAAACAGUGGGUUUCUAUUUCUCUGUUGUGUAUGGAAAUCCUGAUUCUGAAAACGAUGAAGAGUAGACCAUACUUUUCUUCUUGAUAUCUAUUUUUGGCCGAAGAGAUGGAUAUCUAUUUGUACAUAAAAUCACAGUUGAUCAUGUGGAAGCCGCAUGUGUCAAUAAUGGUGUUGUUUGUAUUAGGCCAGUCAUUCAGUCACUUGGCAGGCCAUAUAUUAUUUGUAUAAUGAUCAUUAAUCUGGCAAAUUUCUUCUGGAUGAUGUCAUUAGACCUUGUGCUAGAAUGACCUUUGUUUUUUUAUAUGGAAUAGUUCUUAGAAUGCGCUUA